CAUCUGGGCAGUCCGGGCUAUUGUCUGCAGGCCAAGGUCGAGCUGACCACCGACCAUCUCGGCCUCUUUGUCCGACUUGUGCCGGGCCGUUUCGACGGCCAACUCGUCUGGCCGUUCGAUCAGGAGAUCGCGCUCACCCUCCUCGACCAGACGGAGGCCAGAGACGACGUCUACCGAGUCCUCAAGCCAUACCACAUGGACUCGGACGAGAAAGGCAUCUGGGACCAGCCGUCGGCCGUAUCUAGCCAACACAACUCGGGCUGGGGCUUUCCUCGUUUUGCUGAGUUGGGCGAGAUCAUCGGCUUUGAUGACGGCGUCGAGUCGAGAUUCCUGCGAAACGACAGGAUCUACGUGAAGAUCUGUCUGGUAUAG